AUGGCGAAGAAAUUGCCCUGUGGGCAUGGUUAUCAUGGGGAUUGCAUCGUGCCGUGUCGAACGCCCUUGGCCGCUGGAAGAGCUGAAGCCCCAGCGAAGCAUCUGUCUCUCGCCGGAGAAGAAGAAGAAGAAGCAGCUUGCAGAUGUCGUAUUUUGGAAGAUCAGGCCCUCCGGACAUUCGACACUUACUCGCUUCUCAUCCUCAACAUCUCCUUCCAUAGCUCUCUUCUUCCCCCCGCUCCGACUCUUUUCGCCUCCGUCGCUCUCUGUAUCAAUGCCUCACGUGUUCAUUCCCAGGGACCGAAGGGCUGGGGAGUCGAGAAGGUUCGCGUUCGUGAGGUCCAAGUACGCGGACGAGACGCAGAAGGCGGUGGACAAGCUCGAUGGUGUCGCUCUUGUCUCUGUUUUUCAGUUCCUUCGGUCAUGAGGGUUUCUGUUCGCGUUGUGCGGGAACGCUUGGAUUGGCGUUUGAUUUCUUGUUCGGUUUUCUUGUUGAAAGGGAGAGUCAUGGAUAGGAGAGAGAUUGGGUUCAGUUCGCCAAGUACGGUCCCAAUGCCGAGAGAAUCGAUAAGGGGAGGAUUGCUGAACCUGUUUCAAAGAUAAGAAGGCGGUCGAGAAGUCAUAAUCCUCGGCCAAGGUGUGGUUUAAGUUUGUUAAGUUAGUAAAGUUAUGCAAACUGUGUCUACGCAAAUUGGUUUAAGUUAGUAAAGUCAUGCAAAUUGUGCCUAUGUAUGCUAAAAUGAGAAAAGUUCUACACUUGAUUAUAAAUUCAGGUUGAAUGUGUCGACAACUGUCUGUAACUUCCUAUUGCUAUAGUUGUUGAUUUGUGUUUGAGGUGAAAUUCCAAAAUCAUUUUAAUGGAUUGGUUAAGAUAUUUCGUCCUCUAAUACUUACAUAAGCCUGUUUAUUAGCUGCGUAAUUCAUUUAUCUCUACAUUUCAAGAGUUAAUAAAGGUUGCUGUAACUUUGAUUGAGAUUUAAUAAAGGUGGCUGAAACUUUGAUGGGGAUCCUGAUUGAAUUGAGAAAAUCGGCAGGCUCAAUUUACCAUUGAAAUCAUGAUGCCACAGUGGAUAGAGGACCCAUGCCUAGAGCUCUUUGAUGGAUGAAGGUUUAAGCCAUCUAGUUUCUUUCAAUGACCUGUGAAGAUGUUUGAAGAGGAACGGGAAGG